CCUUACAGUUGCAUUAGAAGACAAGAAAGAUGGACGGCGUAGGAAAGGUGGUCUGCGUCACCGGAGCUUCCGGAUAUGUAGCGUCUUGGAUUGUUAAGCUUUUGCUUCUCCGUGGCUACACCGUCAGGGCCACCGUUCGAGACCCAAAUGAUCAGAAGAAAACGGAACAUCUUCUUGCACUUGAUGGCGCAAAAGAAAGACUCAAAUUAUUCAAAGCAGAUCUUUUAGAAGAAGGUUCUUUCGAGGAGGCAAUCAAUGGAUGCAGUUAUGUCAUCCACACCGCUACACCGGUUUCACUCGAUGCCGUUGAUCCUCAGGCUGAACUGAUCGAUCCAGCAGUCAAGGGAACAUUAAACGUCCUAAAGUCUUGUAAAAGGUCUUUGGUCAAUAGGGUCGUCUUAACGUCGUCCAUGGCCGCUAUUAUUGCUCAUGAUCCGUGCCCUAAUGGAACAAACGACGUAGCAGAUGAAACCACCUUCUCUGAUCCAAAGUUUUGUGAAAAGAAAAAGCUGUGGUAUGCACUUGCCAAGACUUUGGCCGAAAAUGCUGCAUGGGAGCAUGCAAGGGACAAUGAGAUCGACUUGGUUGUAAUGAAUCCAGGACUUGUGAUUGGACCAGUCUUGCAUGCAUCUCUUAAUUUCUCAGUAGGUGUGGUUGUGGGUCUUAUAAACGGUAAGGAUCCUUUUAAUAGUGGACAGUAUAGGUUUGUGGACGUGAGAGAUGUUGCUUUGGCUCAUAUCAAGGCCAUCGAGGAUUCAGCCGCUAGUGGUAGAUAUAUCAUUGAUGGUCCGGUUGUGAAACUAAAUGAUGACAUUGAGAAAGUUUUGCGCGAGUUCUAUCCUGAUUUGUGCUUUGCUGAUGAAAAGAAAAACGUAGGCAUGUUUGAGCUUGAUUUAGUGACGUACAAAGUGCGUGUGGAGAAAGUUAAAUCUUUGGGAAUUGAGCUCACUCCUAUGGAAACAAGCCUUAGAGACACUGUUCUUAGUCUCAAGGAGAAAUGUCUUGUGUGAUGUGAUCCUCUUUAUUAUGUUGUUGUACUUUAUAUUGAUUGCACUAUUGAUCUGUACUUUUGCAAUCAAUAUAUGGUUCAUAAAUAUUUGCAUUUCUUUAAAACUCUAAUAAUAUUUCGUUAUAAUGAUUUUAAAAUUUUCAUCAAGAUUCACAGUAUUUUUAUUUUAUAAGUUAAAUUAUUAACAAACUAUGUCUCGA